AUGUCCGCUGAUUUCUGGUCCGGUUAUGUCUCUGGAGCCAUUGGCGUCUUGAUCGGCAACCCUUUGGACAUUGUCAAGACAAAGCUGCAGGCUGGAUCUGCGCAGCAUGCCUCCGAGAUUAAUGUUGUUCCAAACGCUUCCCAAGCUCCUCCGAAGAGCAUCGAGAGAUUCACGCAACUGGCGAGAGGAGCUGCUGCCCCCAUCUUGGGUUAUGGAGCUCUCAAUGCCAUUCUAUUUAUGACCUACAACCGCAGUCUUGCCUUGCUCAAUACCGGUGACAUGAACCAAUGGCCAGAGAGGCCACCUGCUUGGAGUAUAUCGACAGCAGGUGCCCUAGGUGGCUUUGCCACUUUUCUCGUCUCGGCACCCACGGAACUCGUCAAGUGCCGAGCUCAGGUCUCCCAUCCACCGAAGUCCUCCCUCCAGAUCACGAAAGACCUGUGGUCAGCGGGUGGUUUGCGAGGCCUCUACAUGGGCGGUGGUGUCACGAGUGUCCGCGAUGCAGUAGGAUAUGGGUUCUACUUCUACUCCUACGAACUCAGCAAACGCACCCUCACCUCCCCGACCGACACGCACACCACCUCAGCCCUGAAAGUGCUCCUCUGCGGCGGCCUAGCAGGAGUAGCAACUUGGGUUUCAAUCUUCCCCCUAGACGUCAUCAAGACUCGUGUCCAAACCUGGGAUCUCCAUCAUUCCCACAGCAGUCCCGCGAGCCAGCCACUCCUCCGCACCUCCAAGGCCAUAACGAAGCGACCAAGCACCCUCGCAAUCGCAAAGGCAGCAUAUCACGCAGAGGGAACGAGAGUCUUCUUCCGCGGCUUAGGGAUCUGUUCAGCUCGGGCAUUCAUCGUGAACGCAGUGCAAUGGGCUGUGUAUGAGUGGAUGAUGCGAGUGCUAAGUACUGGCAGUAGUAGUCAACCAUGA